UUGAUAUUGUAGGAAUAAGAUUCGGCUUAGUCUGAACACAAGUUGAGUAGUCAAAAAAUUCUGAUUUUUUAACAUCGCCCGAUAAUCUUAUUCAACAUAUAUUUUGCAAUGAACAAUUUUGGAGAGGAGGCGGAGACUGCCCAAUCGGGUUACCCCGUUGGACAGGAACCGGAGCAGGAACCUAGCCGCAUUUCGGAAGAUACAAGCGCCGACGAAGCGGAGCCGCUGCGUGUGCAGGAGAUGAUUAAACUCUACAACUUUGCCACAGAGAAGAACCAGGAGCUGAAGCAAGCCAAGUCGAUCUACCGCGCUACGAGCAAGCCCCCAACUCCCAUUCUGGAGGAUGGCAAGAGCUGCUACAGUGUGGGCUGCAGUCUGUCAGGCGAGGAGCAGAUCAAGGAGAAGAUCAACCCCAAGGAAGGCAAUGGGGACAUUACAACGGGCAACUUUUGUGUGACCACCACAGAGGAUCACACCUUGUUGCGUCAGUGCCUCGUAUGCAACAGUGGCAAGCAAGGGUCGAUGGCCGAUGGGGCUCUGGAGAAGAACUAUUCCAGCAGCACUACCAUUCGUCGCACACAACAUGGUGUUCGCAUUGUCAUUGACAUCUUUUGCGAUAGUGAUGAUAACACCAUCGACGUGGCGGGGGGUCUCGUGGAGACAAAGAUCCCAGCAAGUCGCAUUUUGACCGAGUUCCAGAACGAGUGCAUGGGAUUGGGGCCGAAGCAGUCGGGGGAUAUCGAGGUAGAGACCAUGCAUUCCGCCUCCGCACAGUUCUAGCCCAAGACAAGAAAACCCAACCAAAUUCGAUGUUACACAUACGCACAACCAAUUUUGUGUGUGUAUGUGUCAGUUAUUUUCUUUCUUUCGUUUUGACAGCAAAUGCAAACAGAAAAAACCAAAAAAACCACACCACACAAAAACGAACCAUCGAAUGACUCUACUUCCUCCAGAGUCCGUCACGAAAACUGAAAACUGAAAACUGAAAAUGGCAAAGAAAAACGCCUUGCUAUACGAAUAUGAAACCUAGAAACUCAAUGAGGCAACACACGACAGGCGGCAAGGCAAGAGGGGACGGGACGGAACGGAACGUAACGGACCUCGAGCAAGCCAAAGAAAACUACACCCCAACAACUGCUUCCCCGCCCCGCUUUUUUGACUCACGACAAAAGGGCUCUCGAGAGUAAAUAAACGGCAUGAAUUGAAAAUGGAAAAUGGAAA